GUCGUUCUUUUGGUUGCAAAUCGACCUGAUAAAAGCAGGUAAAAUGAAAUUAAAAUCAGGUGGAAUGAACCCACCUUCGGUAUAGGAACCUUGGGCAACCGAAAGACGUUUCGCUGAGCCAGCGUCUUUUUUUUUGUUUAGUUUUUUCGUGGAGUGCAGAACAGAUUUUCUUCGCGUUCCGGUAAAAAUGGAUUACAACGAUACCGAAAAACAGAUCAGCCACUUCCUGAACGAGCAGGGAAAUUACGUGAUGAACGCUAACGAUUUCAGCCAGUCGCUCAAGAAUCAGGCUUUAUCCCAGUCCACCAGCCGGGGUCGUGGUCGUGGUCUACUCAGCUCUCCGACCCCGGGAGUUUCAACGGGCAGAACGCGUCUCGCAGCCGAAAUUCAACGCCUAGGGGCUCAUUCGCAUCCGAUAGGCUAUCUGGCCACCACAGAGGAAACGCUGCAGCAAUGUCCUGAAAGGGAAAUCACAGCCACAUUGCGCGCGCUACGGAUUAACUGUUCUGAAACGACGUUCGAGGAUCGGGGCAGCACCACCAGAACGGACUCGACGUGGCAAAAUACAGAGGACAUUCGCAUCGAUGGCAAGAUACCGGUCAUUCUGAACGGAGCUUUAUUUCAAACGCCACGGUCCCCGACACACCUGAAGAAGUCGAUAGAGGCGGUCGCGGAACCGUUCGAUCCUGAAACACCCAUCGGAUUGCAGUUCUCGACCAUCACGGAGUUCCACGCCAACAAUCCGUUCUAUGAAGAGGAAACCAAGCAACCAGCGGAGCCGUCGGUGAAAUCGAAAAAGAAGAAACAAGCGCGGAACCAACCGGAGAAACAACCGGAAAAGCAACCGGAGAAACAACAGAAAAGUAAAAAAACCAAAUGGAAGAAGGUUACUGUAAAGGAGCUAGCACCAAACACAGAGACCCGUGGAAGAUACGACGUGGCGUACGAUAUCAUCAGUACGGGCUCGGUCGCUCUUGCCCGGCAACCCCAACGUGAACUGUAUGAUGCAGAAGGCCGGAGAGUUUUCGCAAGAAGCAGUGGCAUAUUUUGAUAGAAUCUAGGCAAUAAGAAUGUCAGGUUGGAAUCUGAUUGUGAUUCUGGCUGCUAUUCGAGGAAUCUAUUUGUUCUUUAAUUUUAAGUUUUUUUACAAAAAGUAUCGCUAGGCAGGUGCAAUUAACCAGAGAAUCAAUUCGAAAAGCAUCGAAGGUGAUAGAUAGUAGAAUUCUGCUCAGCAAGGACGAUAACAUGAGUCCCUAUGAACGGAUAAUGUAGGCAGUAAAUCAAAAAUUUAGUUUUAAUGAAGUAAACCUCCGAUCAAACAGGGCUCGUGCGGCCAUCGAAUGUUACCAAAAAGGGGAUAAAGCGAAAAGACGUGCCUUAUACAAA